AUGGUAAAAAAUACAAGAUCUAAAGAUUUAAUUGGCUACUAUGCUGAAAAAAACGCUGGCCCAAAUUCGGGCCAUCGCUCUGUAUUAUCAGGAGAUAAAACUUGUAAUCCAAAUCUGAGCAAGCGUCGGCAAACGACUCAUCUGCCAAAGUUUCCUAGUACUUCCGUGACGUCUAAAUUUCGAAUUCGAAUUCCGCCGGGGGAAGCCGUCGCUAGCGCCCGAAUCACCAGGACUCAGACCGCUGCUCCGGUCGCCCUUCGAGGGGCAAAGGCACUGCCGCCGCCAGCGGACCGUGCCACGCUACAGUCGCCAGAGAGGGCCGCCGCUUGCGCCACUGCAGUGUUUGUGAACGAAUUAUCUCCACAAUGCUACGUUAACCAUGGAGAAGAUGGGAACACAGCUAUACUGCAUUCUCGUCGUUUCGAAUAAUUAUUGGAGAGACAGUGAGCUGUGCUCGUAAAUAGUGCAAGUGUUUGUUUUGUUGAGAACGUGCAAGUUACUCGGGUGUGAAGUUGGUGAGGGCUUAAGAGAAGAACAUAUUUUGAAUUAUCUUGAGUGAAUGAAAUUGACUUAUGCCUAGUGAAUGAUGGCAGAUCGAAGAACAAAAGUUCUGAGUUUUCUGAUUUUCACGCUAGUUUUGGUUAAACUCUGUGAUUCUUCCCCCAACAACGAUGUCCUGACAGCUGCUAGUAGUUCGAGCCGCACCGGGGUGCCGGAGGAGCUCAUCCAUUGCCCUUGGGCUUGCUCUUGUUCUGGUUUAACUGUGGACUGCUCUCAUCGAGGACUGACACAAGUUCCACGGAACUUACCGACGGAUGCCGAGAGAGUAGAUCUUCAAGCAAACAACCUUACAGUUCUCUUCGAAACAGACUUUGAGGAAAUGACCAAUCUACGGAUUUUGCAAUUGAUGGAAAACGAAAUUCAUACUAUUGAACGAGGCGCAUUUCAGGAUCUUCUUGCUCUUGAAAGACUACGUAUCAACAACAAUCGGCUGCGUCACUUACCAGAUGGUUUGUUCGGGAAUAUGCCAAAUUUACUGAGAUUAGACCUGAGUCACAAUCAACUUGAAAUUGUUGGGCGUAAAACUCUUCGAGGAGUUACAACCCUGAAGAACUUACAACUUGAUAACAACCAGAUAACCUGUAUUGAUGAACUAGCUCUGAGGGGUCUCAGUAAUCUGGAAAUAUUGACAUUGAACAACAACAAUUUGACAUCUCUGGCUAAGGAUAUAUUUGAGGAUAUGUAUUGGUUACGGACCCUCCGACUUUCAGAUAAUAAUCUCAUUUGCGAUUGCCAUUUGGCCUGGUUAGCCCGAUGGCUACGCCGUUAUCCUCGAUUGGCACUUUAUACACGCUGUUUUUCACCGCAUCAUCUGAAGGGUCAGAAUGUCGCUGACUUGCACGAUCAGGAGUUCAAAUGUUCAGGCCUCGUUGAACGUCCAACUGGUGAAUGUUUAAGUGAACCUCAGUGUCCUCAUCCAUGUCGCUGUGCUGAUGGCAUUGUGGAUUGUCAAGAAAAAGCUUUGACAAAGGUGCCUGAUCAUUUGCCCGAGGGAACAACAGAACUGAGACUGGAACAGAAUCAGGUCACGGAGAUCUCUGCAAAAGCAUUUUUUCCGUAUAAGAGGAUGAGUCGCAUAGAUCUCAGCAAGAAUCAGAUAACAAAAAUUGCAGCUGAUGCAUUUCAAGGUCUAACAUCUCUAACAUCAUUAGUGCUCUAUGGAAACAAAAUAAAGGACUUACCAGCUGGAGUUUUUUAUGGAUUAACAUCUUUGCAGUUGCUAUUACUGAACGCUAAUGAGAUAUCCUGUAUUCGAAGAGACACGUUUAAAGAUCUACACAGCCUAAAUUUAUUGUCGCUGUAUGACAACAAUAUUCAGUCAUUGGCUAAUGGUACUUUUGACUUUUUGAAAAGCAUUCAAACACUGCAUCUAGCACGUAAUCCAUUCAUAUGUGAUUGUAAUCUUCGCUGGCUGGCUGAAUAUUUACAUCGAAAUCCAAUCGAAACUUCCGGUGCUCGAUGUGAUACGCCCAAGCGGAUGCAGCGCCGGCGCAUUGAAGCACUCAAAGAUGAAAAAUUCAAAUGUAAGGGUGUAGAAGAGUAUCGUACACGACUUGCCGGAGAAUGCCUUAUUGACAAUGCUUGUCCCAAUGGGUGUUCAUGUGAAGGAACAAUUGUUGACUGCUCUGGUCGCUCUUUGAAAGAAAUACCUAAGGAUAUACCAAUGUACACCACCGAGUUGCUACUAAGUGAUAACGAUCUUGGGCGUUUAAAAUCUGAUGGAUUAUUUGGACGACUUCCAAAUCUUCAAAAAUUGGAUCUGAGGCGCAGCAAAAUCACUGGUAUAGAGGAAAAUACUUUUGAAGGUUGUUCACGAGUUUCUGAAUUGUUAUUAUCUGAAAACAAGAUACAUGAGGUACAUAAUAAAAUGUUUGCUGGACUUGGAAAUCUCAAAACACUAUCUCUGUAUGACAACCAGAUAACCUGUGUGAUGCCAGGAUCAUUUGACGCUCUUACAUCACUUCAUAGUCUCAAUUUGCUGUAUAACCCAUUCAACUGCAAUUGUCAUUUGGCGUGGUUCGCUGAGUGGCUGCGCAAACGAAACCUGAGUUCCGGAAGCCCAAGAUGUUAUUCCCCUCCACGAGUGAAGGACGUUCAAAUUUAUGAGCUACCUCAUCAUGAAUUUAAGUGCACUAGUGAAUCUGAACAAGGAUGUCUUGGUGAUAAUUACUGCCCUCCUAAAUGUACAUGCACUGGGACAGUAGUUCGUUGCAGCCGAGUUCGCCUAAAGGAAAUUCCUCGCGGUAUUCCUUCGGAAACAUCAGAACUUUACUUGGACGUCAACGAAAUACCAGUUAUUCACGGAAAUAGACUAAGCCAUCUGAAGUCUCUGACAAGGCUAGACCUAAGCAACAAUCAGAUUCAAGUUUUAUCGAAUUUUACUUUUGCAAAUCUCUCCAAGCUCUCUACUUUGAUAAUCAGCUACAACAAAUUGCAGUGUAUUGAGAGGGAUGCUCUCGCUGGCUUGACGUCUUUAAGAAUAAUAUCACUACAUGGGAAUGACAUUUCAAUGGUACCAGAAGGAGCAUUUGCUGAUCUGCAGUCUAUUACUCACUUAGCUGUAGGUGCAAACCCAUUCUACUGUGAUUGUUCCCUGAAAUGGCUGGCUGAUUGGGUGAAGAGAGACUAUGUAGAACCUGGAACGGCACGAUGUGCAGAACCACAUAACAUGCGAGAUAAAUUGCUACUAACUACACCUGCGUCAGCUUUUGUAUGUAAAGGACAUAUCAGUUACGAAAUUCUCUCCAAAUGCAAUGCAUGCUUUUCAUUUCCAUGUGCCAAUAGUGGCACUUGUGAAGCACUCCCGCAAAGAAAGUAUGUUUGUCGAUGUGCACCUGGCUUCCACGGGCAGAGUUGUCAACAUAUGAUUGAUGCGUGCUUCGGUAACCCGUGUCGAAAUGGAGGAACAUGUAAAGUUAUGGAAGAAGGUCGCUUUAGUUGUCACUGUCCACCUGGCUAUACUGGCGAUCGCUGUGAAACCGACAUAAAUGACUGUCUUAAUAACAAAUGCGAAAACAAUGCUACGUGUGUUGAUCUAAUACAAUCCUAUGAAUGUCACUGCCAACCUGGUUUCAUGGGCGAAUACUGUGAGACCAAAAUUCCAUUUUGCACAUUGGAAUAUAAUCCUUGCCAAAAUGGAGCUCAGUGUGUUAAUAUAAUUACUGACUACAAAUGUGAAUGCCUUCCUGGAUAUUCAGGAGAAAACUGUUCAGUAAAUGUAGAUGAUUGUGUCAACAACAUAUGCCAAAAUGGCGCUACUUGCAUUGACGGAGUUAAUGACUAUGUUUGUAAGUGCCCGGGAGACCUGACCGGCAAAUACUGUGAAAUAGCGCCAAUGGUAGCAAUGUUGUACCCACAGACAUCCCCAUGCCAGCAUCAUGACUGCAAAAAUGGCAUAUGUUUUCAGCCAAUGGGAUCCAACGAUUAUGUGUGUAAAUGUGCACCAGGAUAUUCUGGAAAACGUUGUGAAUAUCUUACUAGUCUAAGCUUUGUUCACAACAACUCAUUUGUGGAAUUGGAACCGCUAAGAACAAAACCGGAGGCAAAUGUUACAAUUUUAUUUGCUACUGAACAAGAAAAUGGUGUUUUGCUUUACGAUGGCCAAAAUGAACAUAUAGCCGUAGAACUUUUUAAUGGUCGCAUACGUGUCAGUUACGAUGUUGGAAAUUAUCCCGUCUCAACGAUGUACAGCUUCGAAAUGGUAUCUGACGGAAAGUACCAUGUAGCAGAACUUAUUGCUAUAAAAAAAAACUUCACAUUAAGAGUGGAUCACGGACAAGCUCGCAGUAUAAUAAAUGAAGGAAAACAUGAUUAUUUGAGGCUAACGUCACCUCUCUAUGUUGGUGGAAUUCCAUCGGAACCUGGUCAGGAGGCAUUUACGCAAUGGCACUUGCGUAAUCUCACCAGCUUUCAUGGAUGUAUGAAAGAAUUAUGGAUCAAUCAUAAACCAGUGGAUUUCGUAAAUGCAGCUCGCCAACAGAAAGUGACUCCAGGCUGUUCGUUGAUGCAAGACGAAGAGGAGCAGAUGGAGGAAGACAGAGCAGUAAUCGAGGAUGACGAUGUGGAAAUGAAUGCUUGCCACAAUAAUCAAUGCCGAAGGGGCAGCAAAUGCAUACCUAAACGGCAAGGAGAGUAUGCGUGUCGAUGCCGACCUGGAUGGGGUGGCCGUUAUUGCGAGCAAGCGCCCUCGUGUCGUAAGGAACAGACACGUGAGUAUUACAUGGAAAAUGGUUGUAGAUCAAGAAAACCAGUGAAGUUAGCAAAAUGUGAAGGAAAUUGUGGUUCAAGCUGCUGUCGAGCUCGGAAGACGAAACGUCGUAAGGUGCGACUGAUUUGUAACGAUGGGACACGUUACACUACGGACGUCGACAUUGUGCGUAAAUGUUCAUGCACCAAAAAGUGCUAUUAACGGGCCAUAAAAACAAUUUCGUAGCCAUGCCUGAAUAUCUAGUACAGGUGGGCCCCAACUAAGCCUAAGCAACCUGUAAUUAUCAAGCCAGUGUCAGAGUUGCCUACUUUGUAAUCACGAUUAGCGUCCUUUCACUGUAUAUAUCUUUCUGCUCCUAAACUAUUUAUUAUUACAAUUUUACUUUCAGUAUGCCUCUACCAUGAAUCCCCUCAUGCACAGCUUUACUGAAGUUUUCAUUUUAAGUUCCCCCUGUUCCUCCUACUACCACCACUGCCAAAACUAUUUCUACUACCACUGCCCCCCUACACUACAGCCACCUCCACCACUACUACUAAUAUUAUUACCACUUAUCCUACAACCACUCCCACUACCAUCACUUCUAUUUCUACCACUACUACUACUACUACUACUACUACUACUACUACUACUACUACUACUACUACUACUACUACCACCACUCCCACCACUACUACUACUACCACUAGUACUACUACCACUACUACUACUACCACCACUACUACUACUACUACUACUACUACUACUACUACUACUACUACUACUACUACUAUUUUUACAACUAUUAGCACUACUAUUAGUACUACUACUACUAGUACUGAUACUAGAGCUACUAGUACUGCUUCUUCUACCACUACUACAACUACAGCUACUAUUACUACACUACAACUUCUACAACUACUACUGUUGUUGCCACUUGUCGCCGCAGUCGCAGCAUUCACAUCAAAAUGAAAGACUGUCUUCAUCACGGUGACUACGAAAAUAAUUGUUUCUCUGACAACGAACAUGUUCCGGCAAACGACGAUGAAAGCAACAGUCCCUCUCCAUUACGUCACCGGCACUACAUCCGAAGUGAGACGAGCCAAAAAGAAUAGACACACAACCUCUGUCAGUAACCUCGCCGUUGUCAUAUAGAUAUACCAUGGGUUAAAGGUUUGGCUUCUUAUAAAUGCUCUAGUACCACUUUUUGGCAUUAAUAGUUUUAGCCAUUGCUUUGAAGCUGUGAUAGCAUCAGUGUGUUUUGUGUAAUGACUUUCCUCGCUACCUAGCAUGUUCUGCUUUUAUUUAUUUCUAUUGCAUUUAAUAUAUGUUGAAUAUUCUCACAGAAUGACGUGAAGAAUAUCAUAAAAUACGCUUUUACUUGUGUAGUGGUAAAUGUUGUGCUAUCAGUGUAAUUAAAUUCAUGGAUUUUCUGUUAAUUUUUUUGGUGAUACACUAUAGACACUAUAUCUUUAAACGUUCUUCCUGUUCGGUUCAGAUUUAUGAAAAAUCUAACGGUGGGACCCAUUACAUUUCGCUGACGAGUAAUUUAAAAUGAAUUCAGGCACUGUAAUAUUUUCUUUCUCAUUGUUUUUUAUAUUUAUGUAAACUUUCUGUACUUCUUUGUAUGUUUAUUUGUUAAUUCGAUUUUUUAAUUUUUAAAAAAAUAUUUAUGAAAAUAUGUUAGGCAAGUAAAGGAUAACUUAUGAAAUUGAUAUUUCAAAAUUGAUAAUACAAUUUCAGUUUUUAAAAUAAUAAAUUAAAUUAUGAAUAUUUUUCACACUCCAACAUAACUGUUUCCUACACUAGACUAGCUGUUUCUGUGGUGUAACUAAGGACCCGUACUAAUAUUAAACGAACGUUAGUAAAAGACAAUAAUAUUAACACUAUUACCAGAAUAAUUUUUUUUCAUAUCCACGAGCGCGGCAUACAUGUUCCAGUUGUCGACAGCAACCAAACAAAAAAAUAAGAAUAGAAGUAAUUUGUAUUUCGAUUUAUUAAUUUUUACCUGUAAUUUAGAAGUAAAUUUUAUGAUUAAUUCUCAACGUAUCAUUCAAAUUAUAAACUAUAAUUACAUGUUAAUCAAUAUCCACAUAAUUUCAAAUAUCGCCGAAUCAUUCUCUUUAGCGAACUUCUGUGGUAUAAGUGGUUUCCAUUGAGGAGCAAAAACCUGUGUUUUCAAGUGAUCUUUCAAUGGCUGAGAUGCAGGAACAAAGUACAUGACAUUCUCAACCAGACUUAAAAUUGAUAAGUGGGUCUGCUUACAGACACUGAAAGGGUACUAUAAUUUUGGCAUUAUUCAGAUAUGGAAAGUUGUUGAUUUAUUUUUAUUUCCUUACUUUGGGAAUUAUCAUCCAAGAAUUUUUAUCCUUUUAUAUGUAUCAGGGAAAGUUGAUGAUGAAAUUUAUUCAUACUCAGUGCACCAUAAGCUAGUUUCAGUUUUUAACUAUUAAUAUUCAGUUUUGGGAUAGAACAUGUUACAACCACAUGCCAUGGCCAUUUUCAAACAAUAUUAUGAUUAACAAUAUGCCUUAGAGUUCAAUUAUUACUGUUUCCUCCAUUAAAACUAUUCAAUUGUGAGAAUUUUUGUUUUAAGUUCAGUGAACUGUGCUAACACUGUUUACAAAUUCUAUAUCUUUCUCUAAAUCUACUAUUGUAGUUUUUGUUCCUCUUCUUGAUAAACGUACAAUACUAUAACAUGACGAAUGUGAACACUAUGUUACUUUAACCCUUGUUGCUACCACCACCCACUAUAUGAUUUCCUAAUUGCUACUUGUAUCCUUCUAAAAUUAUUCUGCUUUUAUGACUACUUCAGAUGUCAAAAUAGAACUACAAUCUCUCUUCUACUAAAAUGCCGCCUCUACUAUAAUUUCUGUAUCUAAGAUCUUGUCUUUGUUUGAUACGUUGUUUUAUGUUUUAUAUUGUUGAAAUAAUGAAUAAUUGUAUCUCAACUAAUUACAUAAUUUUAGUGACCUUAGGUAUCAAAGAGUAAUUUGAUCACAUGUCAAUAUUUUAACGACCUUGUAUUCAGUGGGAACACUGAUGAACCAUUUAAUGUUAUAUUCAUAUCUAUGUAAUACAUUAAUGUUUUCUAUUGUUUCCAUGAAGCAUUAUCAUUUGUAAAUAGUGAGAUUUUGAAAAAAGAGCAAGCAACCUUUGUCAAUGUUAAAUGCCAUUUUUGUGAGAGACUGAACUUUCUACUUAUGUUUAGCAUAAAAUGAAUGUAUGAUUCUGCUUGUGAAUUUUCCCAUAUUCCGAAAAGUAUUAAUUGUAUUGUAACUGAACAUAUUCAUAUUACUCUCCAAGGAUA